AUUUGAUAUGUGAAGAAUAGUAAAGUAAAAAGUGAGGACAAAAUUGAGAAUAAAUAAAAGAAGGGGUAAGAUAACAGACACAAAAAGGCUGCACUAACAAUCAUUUCAAAACCCAUUUCAAUUUUCAUCCCUCUUUCUCUCUCCUCAAUUUCCAAUUCCUUAAUUCUUUCUCUCUCAUCUUCUUCUUUGUUUUUAUUUCUCAUUCAAAUUUCAUUCUCAGCUUCUCGAAUCCAGAGAGAGCGAAAGAGAUGUUGAAUCCGGCCAACGAUCUGUUACCGCCGCCGUCUUCUCCGACCAAUUCAUCCAUUUCCUCCUCCGAUCUCGAUACUGAGUCUACGGGUUCGUUUUUCCAUGACAGGAGCACGAGCUUGGGGACUCUAAUGGGGGUCAGCUUCCCGGCGAUUACUUUCCGAGUACCCUCCCAGAACAGAGAUCAACACACCGCUGCGACGGCCGCCGCGGGCGGCGGUUCCCGCAAGAGUAAGAAGACAAAGAGAAAAACGUCAACUGCACCGGCACUGGUUGCAGAUCGGAAACGGCGGUGGUGGCGGCUAUGUAGGGAUGACGGCGUUAAGCCGGCGUCUCUGGGCGAGUUUCUCGAAGUGGAACGGAGAUUUGGGGAUGGUGCUUUCUACGGCAACGCGGUGGAUCUGGAAGGCGUGGUUGCGACAGAUCAACAGAGGAAUGGCCGGUCUUUGUUUGCCGACGGAAGAGUUCUUCCACCGGCGGAAACGGAGGAUGAUACGUCGGCGGCCGGCGCUCUAUGUCGAUUUUCUGUAUCGCUUACCGGAAUUUGCAGCGGCGGUGCCGGUUAAAAUCUGGGAUUUGAUUUGUCCAGUAUAUUUAAAAUGUUAUAUUAUAUUUAAUCAAUCAAAUGCUUUAAUGUGGAAGAAAAAAAGGGAAAAAAUGUCACCUUUAUUGUGUAGGUGACCCUCUUUUCUUUUUCUUUUUUCUUUUUAAUUUUCUUUAAUCAUCUCACAGGUUACUUCUUUCUUUUUCUUUUUUUUUUUCUUUUCGAAAAUAAUUAAAAAAAAAUUAACACUGAGAUCUUCAUCUUUGAAGAUUUUGGAAAUUUUCCUGUUCAAGCUGUGAAUUGUGAACUAUGUUUGAGCAAAAUUCAUAAAUGAAUUUGAAAACAGAUACCCCCAAAUUUCUCUUUUUCCAAUCAUAAAUAACAUAUUUGAUGA